AUGCUGCAAUGGAAAUCUCCAACGAUCCAAACCACCACCCCCUUCCCCUUCCUUCACCCUUACCCUCACUCAUCCCCCUCGCAAAGCUUGAGCCCGCAGCAAGUUAACCUCAUUAUGCUUUUUGACUUUUUCGGCGAUCUCGCCGAUGCCGCAAAGAAGACGACAGCACGACGUCAGUUUGCCUGCCCCGAGAGCAAAAGAGCCAUGUUAGCCAAGUGUCGGCAAGAGCUCAAUGCUGCGGUCCGGGUCGGGGCCCAUGGUUUUCCGCCUGCGUUGCUUCCCCGGGAACGACGAUACUUUGGUGUUCUUGGUCUUGGCUGGAGAUGUACUCCAAGAUCAAUGACAGAGAGCCGCGGCUCGACAUACCCGCUGCGCUGCGUUUCUCCGACGCUGUCUUCUCCGAGCGGAUCCGACGUUUCUCUAAGCGCCAAAUCCAUACCAAGAGUUUUCUAUCAGGAUCGACAAUGGGCAGUGCUUCACGUGAGACGUAGGUCUCAGUGUGGCCCGGGUGCGUUUUUCGCUUUGACCUGA